CAAAUUAUCAAACAUCAACGGGAUAGACAUACGCUCGCGCGUGGACCUUCCUCCUCGCGAAUUUCUCUCCUAUCAUCUCAAAAUUAUCUCGCCUGCUAACGACGCUCGAAAUGCCGUUCCGCACGGCCAUGUUUGUCGUGAGAAACGUUUCACCGACUUAUUCUAUCGUCAACCAUGCAAUCGUAUUUGAGACACGUUUUCUUCGACGCCUUCUUAAACCUCCUUAAAAAAAUCAGUUUUCUACCGAUGUCUGGAUCACGCCCUCGAGUUUAGUGCUUUUCGAAAUAAGUUUAACUACGAAGUAGACUCUUCCUUUGUGAUUAUUAGCGAUAGCAUCGGUGAAAACGCCAGCCCUCGUGCAAGGUCUUUUGAGUAACAUACACGACAACGCAGCCCUCGAUUCCGUCUGCCCUCGAGUAUCUUUCUCUCUCUCUAUCUUUUUCUCUUUCACACACAUAUACAAGAGCGCGCGCGUUCUCUUUCGCUCGCUCGUUAACUCCCUCGCUCUUGCAUUUUAUUGUACUCUUUCUCUCUUUCAUGGCUACCUUCUCUUCCUCUCUCUCUCUCUUCCUCUUCCUCUUCCUCUUCCUCUUUCUCUUACUUUUCUAGCAUGCACCUCGUGCCUAUUUCCCGACCUGCACGUGGGUUCAAUCUGGACUGCAUGCAUACGCCACGUUGGCGUUUCAAAACAUCGCUAAUGAUGAUGAUAAAUAGCAUCGAUUAAUAAUUUAUUUCAACUAUAAUGUUUCCAAAUGAGAAACUACACUUUCUUUUAAUGAAAAUUCACAAUGGAACAGCUAGGAGAAGGACAAGCGGUUGUUGUUGGGAGUACUGGUGGAACAGUGCAAGUUGUUCAAAUGGGACAAGGAGGACAAGCUAUGAUGUUACCUCAAGCAAUACAAGCUAUACAAGCUCCCAAUGGACAAAUUCAAGUUGUUCCAGUUUCCAGUCUCACUAAUACAGGUCAACAAAUAGUUAUACAGCAACCACAAACGCCUCAAAUUAUUCAAACUCCUGAUGGACAGACUUAUAUUUAUCAACCCGUUCAAAUAGAAGGCCAGGUUCAACAGACUCAACCUACUGUUAUAAACAUCAAUGGAAAUCUUAUGCAAAUAGCUGGUACUACUUCGCAAACUGCAACUACAGCUGCAACAACAGCACCAGUUCAACCAUUAGCUAGCCCUACAGCAACAGCAUCGCAAGCAGGAAAUGUUGUAAUGAUGGUACCAGGAAAUAGCGGUCAAACUCAAUUUCAAAGAGUAGCAUUACCUAAUGCAGAAUUCUUGGAAGAAGAACCUUUAUACGUAAAUGCCAAGCAAUACAGACGUAUAUUAAAAAGGCGUCAAGCACGAGCCAAAUUAGAAGCGGAAGGAAAAAUUCCAAAGGAAAGACCAAAAUAUCUACACGAGUCUCGUCAUCAACAUGCAAUGAAAAGAAUUCGUGGAGAAGGUGGUCGUUUUCAUUCAGGUCAAGUGAAGAAACGAAAGUAAGUGUUUGUGCAUUGUAAAUUUGAACUUACAUCUCUCUUCUAAGAAGUAUAGUCUCGGAUUAUGCAUACAAGAGAGUAAUGGUUCCAGUAAAGUGAAUAUAAAAUUACAUUGCAAAUGAUCUAGUUAAAUCAACGCCAAAUUCUGUUGAUUACUAGAAUGAAUAAUAGAAGGUUGUAAAAUAUUACGAUUAAAAACUUGAUAAUUCAAAACUUGUGUCAUCGGAGUAUAAACUAUAGAAACGUGCAUUCUCCUUGUAUACAUUUCGAUAUCAGAUGUAAAAUUAAUGAAGAAAAUACUACUCGGAAUAUGUGCGUGCGUGUGUAUAAAAAGUUGGAAGAGAUAUUUUAGCGUUUAUUACUUAUUACUUUUUCUAUGAUAUUUAAUUGUAAUCAAUGGAAGAAAGUCUGAUUUAAUUGAAAGAUAGAAAAAUCGUAGAGAUGCACCAAUCUUUCUAACAGUCUACCUACUGUAGAUAUUUAUUUAAAAGGAGACUGUGAAAAAGAGAGAUGUGUUUAAAAGGAGGAUAUGAAGAAAAUCAAACGUCUGAGAAGUAAUGAAAUUGAAUUCAUAUAUGUGCGUAUUCGUAAUUAAUAAUAAGUACGAACUUCGAACAUAUAUGCUAACUUUUGUAAAUAAAUAUCUUUCUUCUCUCUCUCUCUCUCUCUUUCUCUCUCUCUCUCUCUCUCUUUUAACACGAUGAAAUGUUGGAUAAAAACUUUGAUCUUUCGUUCAAAUUUGUAAAUACUAAUAAAAACGAACACAAAGGCAAAACUAUAUAUACAAUAAAUAAAAUGUGAUGUUUGUCUGUAAUAUUUUUCUAGCACUUAUUUGCCGUGCAUAUCGAAUGUGAGCUUGGUAAAUCAUAGUUAAAAAUUGGAUUGUGUUAGAAAUGAUAAUACGAUUACGAUAUACGAUACAUUAAGAUUAAUUAUUAAAAUACUACUUAAUUGCAAUUCAUACGAUACAUAAUUAUUUGAGAAAUUCACUUUGAUCGUAUAUCGUCGAUCGUAUAUCGACAUAAUCGAUUGAGAGACUGAAUUAAUAAUUUAUUACACAUCACACACAUGUUAAAUAACCAUUACUGUGUUUGAUUUUAAAUAUAUCACUAUUCGAUACAUUUAUUUACUUUCUUUGUUAAUUCAAAGUAAUUAUUUGUAUAUAUAUAUAUGUAUUUUCAAGUGCAAGUACAAUCAAAUUUAGAUUAUUUGUAAAUCUUUAUGAAACUCAAUUAUGUAUUAUUAUAUGUUGAGUUUAAAGAUGGGAAAAGAAAAUAAGAAGAUAGAAAAGAGAAAUAAUGGAUUAUUUAUGCAUAGUGGCUUAUUUAUAUAUUUAUGUAUAUACAUGAUGGUAUACGUAAAUAUAUAUAUGUACAUAUAACAUCGAUUUUUACAUAAUUAAUUAAAUAUUUUUGCCCAAGUAAUAAAAAAUUUAACAUGGGACAUAUUAAUCUAAGGGAUAGUUCAAUUAUAUCAUCAAUAAUUGAUUAAAAUGAUACAUUUUGAAGCUUUCUUCUUUUCAAGAUCAAUUGACUUGUGAAUUUGAUAU